AUGGCAUCCACUGUGCAUUUGGAAAUCGUCGGACUGUUAAACAAACCUAAUUUUCAAAUAGCUAAAAGCAUUGCGGAGGGAUUAAAAAAUAAAUUCCCGGAUUUAUUUGACGAUCCAACAAUCCACCCGCUGCUGGAAUGUGACUGGCAGGACUAUUUAUCUAAUAAAAAGACGGAGCUGGGUGGAGAAGUCUGGCAGUACCGCGGCUGUCUAAUGUCCUUCGUAAACGGCCAGUUGCUCGGUGAUGAGAGGAAACUGUCCGGCUGGGCAGAGAAAGAGUGGAAGUUUACUUUCCAUCGACCACAGGCUCUUUAUAUGGCCCUGGCUGAGGAGUUUUACACCAGUAACCUGCGGAGCACUGGGCAUAUUUUUGUUUAUAUGGACAUUGAGAGUGGUGGAGAGGCUGUUGGCAGACUGUUGUUUGAGCUGUUCUCAGACAUCUGUCCAAAGACAUGUAGGAACUUUAAGGCCUUGUGCACUGGAGAGGCUGGUUUGUCUAAGAGUAACCUUGAGUUGAGCUAUACAGGCUCAAUUUUCCACAGAGUGGUGCCAAAUGGCUGGCUACAAGGUGGAGAUAUUUCACCUGAAAAUAAAGGCACUGGGGGAGAGUCCAUCUUUGGGCCAACAUUUGAGGAUGAGAAUUUUGUUAUAUCCCACAAUAAGCGUGGCAUCCUGGGAAUGGCUAACCAAGGUGCUCAUAGCAAUGGCUCCCAGUUCUACAUCACACUACAGCCAGCCACCUGGAUGGAUCACAAAUAUGUGGCUUUCGGGAAACUUGUUGAAGGCACAGAGGUUCUUAAGAGACUAGAAGCAGUGCCUACUUACAAUGAAAGACCCAAACAGGACUGCAAAAUAGUAGCAUGCGGAAUAUUUGAGUUCUGAGUAAUCACAUUCAGACUGAAAAUCAACAUGAGGAGAAUUUUAAACUAUCCAUCUCAAAUAAA